UACCAGCUAGCUAACAGGUGUAUAGAGUUACAUCCCUCGGCAAUGGACGCGAUGGAGGAGUAUAGUGAAGCUGGACUGGGUAAUCAGAGGUGGGCUAGGUACAAGUGGGUGGAUGUGUUUCUCUACACUCUCCUUCAUGAGUAUAUUCUUCCCUGGCUGGUCGGUCUGUUGAUGCUCAUCCCAACCAUCAAAGUCACCAUAAAUAAAAGCAGAAACGAGGAAAUGAACAGGAGAAGAGAAGCAGCCGAAGGGGGAAGGAGGUGUGUCAAGCCCUCACCGUCACCGUUUUACACCACCGCCACCAACGCUAGCCAGGGUACCAGAAUAGAGGCAAGGCUCCCCAGAACCUACCCGUACACCACCUUACUACCCGAGAGUCGACGGGGAGCCAACAACCCACAAGUCACCAGCUCAGAACACCUCUAGUGGGUCCUGGUGAUUGAAACACAUUACAAGGCACCAGCCCAGGAUUUUUUUUUUAAUUUCUGAGUACUAUAUCACAGUACUUGGUGGUCUUUGUGGCGCAAGGGGUAGUGUUUGUGAUCAUCCUUUCGCUCUACUGUUAGAUAUAGUGACCAGUGACGUCGCCAGUGUAAACAGACUCGUAUCUUCCACGUCACUGCCUCAGGCUUCCGUGCGUUUGUCUUCCUGUCCGUGACGUAAAUGACGUUUAAUUCGACGACUGUGUACAGUACAGUGAACGAUAAAACUGAUUAGAUGAAUCAUGUUACCCAGUUAAGCAUACCAAUUGUUUAUAUGUAGUUGAGGUGAAUAUUUCAUUAGGUUUAGCCAGCUUUAAAAAAUAAAUCAUCAGACAGAAAUGGAAGAUAGUUUAGUCACUCACUGUACACCGAUGUUCAUAAGUUUUUAACCCAGAUGUAGUUAUUCAGCCUUGUCAUUGUUUUUAUUUUCUUCAAUAGAUUCAUUAUAGCUUAGGUAAAGAAUUUCUUAUAUAAAUAUUUAAGCUGA